GUGUUUAAGCUAUUAUAGAGCUGGCGAAAGUAAUCGCCGAUAAAGAUAACGUUUUCGAAAAUUUCCGCUUGCAGAUACAUAUCAACGAACGCACUUACAUACAUACACAAAUACAAGUAUGUGUAAUUUCUUUCUUGAUUAAUCAGUGUACAUACAUUCAUAUGUAGUAGAUAUGCAGACGUGCUUCACAUUGUGUACAGCGUAGAUUUUUUGUAACCGAAAAUUGUUGCAAUAAAAUCGAAAUCGAUGUCACAAUAACAGUGCGAACAGCUGUUUACUGAGUGAAUAACAAGAAAAGGCGUUAACUUCGGCUGCACCGAAGUUAUUUAAAGUUAUUUUACCCUUCACAGCUGCAUUUUUAUCACAUAAAAGGUUAUACAAAUAUAUUUAUCUUGAAUUGAUAUCGGUCAGUUUGAGUAGCAGCUAUAUGCUAUAGUUGUCCGAUCUGAACAAUUUCUUUGGAGAUUAUACCGUUGCCUCGAACAAUAAUCCAUACCAAAUUUCAUGAAGAUAAUUUGUCAAGUGAAAAAGUUUUCCACAAAACGCUCAUUGCAGUUUAUAAGAUCACAUAUACGCUAUUUCAAAUAGCGUCUGUCGGUCUCAUAUUUUUUUUCGAGAUUUGAGUACUUAAGCAACAACAAUAAAGAACUCACAAGUAAAUCCUAGUGGCAAUAGACUCAACUGCAUGUGCGUUGUAAAGCUCAUAGCGUGGCGCCGUGUACGUACGACGUAGUGAUAUUCAAAAUCCAAGCCAUAGGUCCACAACGCCAUCGCUAUCAUAAUUGGCGGGAUAAGCGGCAAAACUGGGAAGUACUUGGUGUGCAAGCAAAACACCAGCAAUAAAGCAAGUCAUCAACAACAAGCACACACACCCACAAUUACAAAGGCAUGCAGAACGCUCGCUGGCAAUAAAGCGCGCGCUAGCCGGGCCUGUCGUCGGUUUGUUUGCGCGCCCGUUUGCUAAGUGCUUGCCGCCUAUCGCUCGCUGGCUAGCCGGGCCUGCCUGCCCAUCUGGCGCUAACGGCAGCGGCACAUAUAAAAACGCUGACUGGGCGCACCGCCUUCGACAUUCACUGGCAAGAAGCAAACCCAAGCAGCUGAGCGUGUCGUCGUCAGCGGACAAGUGUCACUAACGGAAGAAGAACAAGACAAGAGCAAUUUAGCGGCAAAUACACUCAUAUCUUCUACAACUACAUACAUACAUAUGUUAACGUAACAGUGUGUGAAAAUUACGCGAGUCACUUUGACGACUUCGGUGCAACGGCAAUUUUGUAAAAUCAGUUGUUGACAGGCUGUGAGCGCGUUAACAGCAAUUUAUUUUGUUUGGAAGUAAAAUCCAGUGUUUUGUAUUGAAUUUAUUAAGUGUUUUCGUAAAAGUUGUGAAUUAAGUAAAAAAGUUCCUUAAAAAUGUCUUUCACACGCGAACAACUGGAAUCGGCGAUGAGCGAGAAGUUGUCCAAGUCGGACACUAUCAAAUUGCGGAACAAACAUAUCGGCCAAGCUUGCCAACUAUUCUAUCGUUCUGACCCGUUGAAAAUUGUACGUGGUCAGGGUCAGUACAUGUUCGAUGAGAUGGGCAAUCGCUAUUUGGACUGCAUCAAUAAUGUGGCGCACGUCGGCCAUUGCCAUCCGAAAGUUGUACGCGCUGGCAGCCUACAAAUGGCCACAAUCUCGACGAAUAAUCGUUUUCUACACGACGAGCUCGUGCAAUGCGCUAAACUGUUGACCAGCAAAAUGCCCGGCGAUCUGUCGGUCUGUUUCUUUGUCAACUCCGGCUCGGAGGCUAACGAUUUGGCUUUGCGUUUGGCGCGCAACUACACCAAACGACGGGAUGUAAUCACGCUCGAUCAUGCCUACCAUGGCCACUUGACCGCCGUUAUGGAGGUCUCACCGUAUAAAUUCAACCAACCUGGCGGUGAACCAAAACCCGAUUAUGUGCACGUUGCGCCCUGCCCCGACGUCUAUCGCGGCAAAUACGUCGACAAAGAGCAUCCCGGCGCCGAUAUGGCUGAACUCUAUUGCGCACCCAUUGUAGAGGUCUGCAAGAAAUUGCAAGCGCAAGGUAAAGGUGUAGCCGCCUUCAUCGCCGAAAGCUUACAGAGCUGCGGCGGUCAAAUCAUACCACCAGCUGGUUAUUUCCGUGCGGUCUACGAUGCUGUGCAUGACGCCGGCGGUCUCACCAUCGCCGAUGAAGUGCAAGUCGGCUUUGGACGUGUUGGCACACAUUAUUGGGCUUUUGAGAUGCAAGAUGUUGUGCCCGAUAUCGUAACGGUCGCCAAGCCAAUGGGUAAUGGUCACCCAGUUGGCGCUGUGGUCACCACACCAGAGAUAGCGCAUGCCUUCUACGCUACCGGUGUGGCCUACUUCAACACCUAUGGUGGUAAUCCGGUCUCUUGUGCCAUAGCUAACGCUGUAAUGCGCGUCAUCGAGGAGGAGGGUCUGCAGGAGAAUGCACGCAGUGUCGGUGAUUAUUUGCUGAAUAAAUGUCUCGAAUUUAGCAAAGAGUUCGACAUCAUCGGUGAUGUGCGUGGCGUGGGACUAUUUGUGGGCAUUGAAUUGGUGAAGAAUCGUGAAACGCGCGAACCGGACACCAAGUCUGCGCAUUGGGUUGUCAAUCGCAUGAAGUCGCUACAUAAGGUGCUUGUCUCCUCCGACGGCCCCAAUGACAAUGUGAUCAAGCUAAAGCCACCCAUGUGUUUCAAUCAGGAGAAUGCCGAUCAAUUUCUGCAAGCUUUCCGCGAAUGUUUGGCCAUGCUCGUGAAGGAGGGCAGUGAUGUGCCAUUCAUGGUCGGCGCUGAUGCCGAGAAGAGCACGAGCACGAUGUUUGAGAGUCGUCAAAGACUCAUUAAAUCGUCAUAAGAGUUUGCUUGUGGGGUUUUCUUCUUAAGAAAAGUGGGGUAGUCAGUUAAGAGUUUUAGCGGAGAAAAGUGUGCUUGUUUGUCUUCUAAUAUAUAGUAUAGUUAUUUAGCCAGAUCAAUAUUGGUGCCAUAGUUUAAGUGUAGAUUCUGUGUAGAAUUAUGAAUAUUCAAAAUUUUUUAAAUAUUUAGUUAUAUAACUGUAAGUAUUGAUAUAUAUAUAUACUGAUAUAUAAUAUAACUUGUCUUAUAUUAUAUAUAAUAAAUAGUAUUGUAAGCAUGUAUUAAAUAUUUAAUUAAAGUAUAAUAUUUAUAAAAAAAGUAGUUAAUCGUAUAUAUAAAGAAAAUUGUUCAAAGAGUUGAAAAUUAAAUCAAAAAUAUGUAAGAUUUUUAUUGGAAAAAAAUAUAUACUUAUACAUAUAUAUCUAUAUUACAAAUUAAAUAUUUCAAAAAAAUAACAAAUUUAUAUUACUAAUAAAACUCGUAAUAUUUUCAAUUAAAACUGCAUUCCAGCAAAAAGUAGUUAUUAGAAAAUUUUUGCGUUUUACUGCUAUUUUAUUUAUAUUUUUUUUUCAUUUUACAUUUUCGAAACUUGUUUUCCAAAAGACAUUUCAGGGACAGCGAAUAUUUUUUCAAAAACACAACAAACAACAACAAAAGAGUUCAUAAAUUAUUUUAAAGCAAAUUUAAAGCGAACAACCAACCAACCAACAGUUAUGUGCACCUAAUCGUAUGAAAUUGACUGUUGUAUUUUUGCUAUGACUAAUAAUUUGUACUAAUUAGGCUGAGCGAUAAAUAUUCUUACAAAAAUAACAAGCAUAGAAAGCUUAGCAAAAAAUAUUUACAAACUACAUUUUUUACAAAAAUAAAUACAAAUAAAUACAAUAAUAACAUGCAAAAAGUAUAUGUGGAUAACAGUAUGGUAACUGAAUAAUUCAAAAUCGCUUGUAGAUUCUGCAAGAAAAUCCAGAAAAAACAUUAUAAAAAA